AACAUUGUCUCCCGGUCUCUAGUCUCAGCAUCGCUGCCUUGUAAAGUGUUUGACAUUUCAAACCCGUGUGUGCUCUUUUUUAUUUUCACUAAUAGAUUACAGUUCAUCUGUCCUCCCACACCACAUCCAUACUCUAUCAUCAACAAGUUGCUUUUGACCGUAGGCAAACUCCGUCGUAGAAUCCGGAACAGAGUGCUUGGGCCAAAGCGGAUUGUUAAUCAUCUUCAACUGGCCGUACUUCUGGCCGCGACUAUCUUCUCAAGUGUACUCUCUAUUAUAUACUUUCCUCGUAUUUCCUUUUCCGAGCAUCCAAUCUCCGGUUUCCGCUGCGGGAAAGCUAUCCUCAAGCCGACGGAUCUCGUGAAAUAAUAAUACGCAACCUAGAAACCGACCCUGCCGUGUGAAUGAGAAAAUGAAUAAGAUAUGGGUUGCCUUCGCAGUGUUCGGUGCAAUAUCCAUUUUGCCUGCUAAUGGCCGUAUCGUGAAGCGUAGCUACUCUGACCAAAGCGUUCGCGGGUACCUGACGGAGCGAACCUGUUGGUGGAACGAAGUCUGCAAAGAAGAAUUCCAACAGCUCUUCCGAUGUAAAUGCCCUCAGUGGUCCUAUUGCAGGUCACCCGGUCGCUAUUACAACGCUUAUUGCUCCAUGACCAACACCGGUUACAUAUGGACACAACCCACGUGGGACUGGGAAACUGCCUAACAUAUCCUGCUCAUCAUCGUUAUACACCAACUGGUGGCGCUUUGCGGCUUCCAAAAUGAGAAAAAACAUUUCGUGUUAUAUUAGGAAAUUCCUGGUUGUACCAAGUUCGGUUAAAGUGACAUCACUCAUCGUUUCGUCAUCAGUGACCAAGCAUGAGCAGCAAGGACAUCCAUAGAGACCAAAUAUUUUGUAUAAAUAGAUUUAUAUAGCCAGUUAUACCAGUACUCGACCAAGCCAUAGGCUAGUGUGUUUUACAUCGAUUUUUUCUUUUGUUUUCGUCGAACCAUGUUUUAAGUGUACCAGAUUGCAACAAAUAGAACUCGGAACAGUCAUUUUUUUCUCGAAAACAACUUAAUUCAACUUAAAUAAUAUGGAAAUAUUACCAUCACACUCCAAUGCAUCAUGAGAGGAAAACACCAUAUCAAAGGUUUGAUUUUUUUUUAAACUACUGACAUCACCCAUGUCAUGUUUUUAUUCCAUAUAUUACACGUUCAAACCUCAAACUCAAAUCAAGUAUCAUUGAAUAAAUUAUAUUGAAUCAAAUGUGGCACAUUUUAUGAAAUCAAACUACGUUGACAAAAUUAAUACAAUCUAUUCAGGCUUAUUAACUUAUUCGACCAGCAUGGGACGAUGUUUUAAUUGUGAUUAGCAUAGAUUUCUUGCAGUGAUAUAGAUAGUGGCAAAAUUAAACAGAAAUCAAAAGAUUGUUUGCGAUUGUUUCUAUAUGCAUACAAGUAAAAGAAUGACUCAUAUAUAUACACAUAUAAACACACCAGUAUCUGUUGCAAUUUUUUUGCAAAUAAGAUAAUCAAUACGGAGAAACUUAUUACGCACCUAUACUCAUGCAACAGAUAAUAUAUGAAACUAAUACACAUCAUUUUAAAUAAAAUCUUGAAGCGUUAAA